UAAUAUGCACCACCACAACAACCACCACCACCCACUAUUACACUACCAUUUCGUUUCUGAACAUAAGAGCCGUAUUAAUGGAUACUCGGUUAUCGACAAAUUGGUUGAUAGGUCCUAGGUUAUCCACACACAAAAGUUUUCCAAGUCACAUUUUCAGUUUGAUCUGUUCGUUCAUAGUGGAUUCUCCAUGUUCCUUGAACACCGCAAAUUCCCCGAUCUAGAUGUCGACCUCAAAAGAAAGAAUCUUUUUAUCGAUCUCUUUAUAAACAUAGAUAGGAGUUUUAGUAAAAACUCUUAACAUUGCAUUGGCGAGUUUGAAACAUUGGGUUGCCUCCAAAAAGGCAAAAUUACCUGUGGCUGCAUUUCCUUCGACGGCAGAAAUUAAGCCAGAGCCACUAGGUCUUAUUCUCAUAUUCUCCACUUGGAAUUUUCCUUUUGGCCUCGCAUUCGAACCACUAAUAGGCGCAAUAGCUGCUGGAAACACUGUUGUUUUGAAACCUUCAGAAUUAGCUCCUACUUGUUCUUCCCUACUUGCAACUGCCAUCCCAAUGUAUUUGGACUCCAAAGCUAUCAAAGUUGUAGAAGGCGGAGUUAUGGUCGCAGAAGGACUAUUGGAGAUGAAAUGGGAUAAGAUAUUCUUCACAGGGAGUCCACGAGUGGGACGUAUUGUCAUGUCUGCAGCUGUGAAGCACCUAACGCCUGUUACUUUAGAAUUAGGAGGAAAAUGUCCUGCUGUUAUUGAUUCUCUACCGCGCUCUUGGGACAGAAAGGUUGCUAUAAAGAGAAUAAUUGCUGGAAAAUAUGGAACAUGUGGUGGUCAAGCUUGUAUAGGAAUCGAUUAUAUUCUCGUUCACGAGGAAUUCGCACCUACACUGAUCGAACUAUUAAAAACCUGGAUCAAGAGAAUGUACGGUGAAAACCCAAGAGAUUCAAUGACGAGGAUUAUCAACAAGGAACGUUUCUUAAGAUUAAAGAAUCUUCUUAAGGACCCUGCAGUCUGUAACUCUAUCAUUCAUGGCGGUUCUUUAGACGAAGCUAACCUGUACAUUGAGCCAACAAUCUUGUUGAAUCCUCCACUUGAAGCUGAGAUUAUGAAUGAUGAGAUCUUUGGUCCAUUACUUCCCAUAAUCACAUUAAAGAAAAUAGAGGAUAGUAUUGAGUUUAUAAACUUAAGGCCCAAGCCUCUUGCUAUAUAUGUUUUCACCAAUGAUAACACGCUAAAGAGACGAAUGAUGAAUGAAACGUCAUCAGGAAACCUAGCAUUCAACGAUGCUGUUAUUCAAUAUGCAUGUGAUACAAUUCCAUUUGGAGGCGUUGGUCAAAGUGGAUUUGGGAGGUAUCAUGGGAAGUUUUCAUUCGACACAUUUAGCCAUGAAAAGGGAGUAGUGAGUAAAAGUUUCUUAACUGAAUUUUGGUUUAGGUUUCCUCCAUGGACUGCUAAUAAGUUGCAGCUACUUAGAUUGGGUUAUGCCUUGAACUAUUUCGGGAUAGUACUCAAUGUGUUGGGCUUAAAGAGAUCUUAAUUUCUUCAUCGACUGGGUAAACCAUUUUACUAUUAUUAGCUUGUGUGUAUCUGGCAGUGCUAUUGGUAGCUUUUAAUAAGUGUGUGCGCCUUUAGCUCAGUUCUGUUAUUUUCUAUUUUGUGUGCUUGUGUGUUGAUUUGGGUCAUGUACGUGUUUCACACGGUUGUACUCAACUAUGUAUAAACGUUGGUUCUUCAUUUUAACAAGG